AACGAUCAAUUUCAGAUCCAGUUUCUUUAAUUUAUAAAAAUCAUAUUAAAGAAACAAUUACUCGUUAUAUUAAAGAAGGAAAUAAAUUUGGUGCUUUAGUAUUUGAACCAAUCGUAAUGGCUGCAGGUGGUAUGAUAUUUGUUGAUCCAUUAUUUCAAAAAUUACUUGUAGAAUUUGUUAGAGAAUGGGAUGGAUGGACUGAAAAUUGGGGAUUACCUAUUAUUUUUGAUGAAGUUUUUACAGGAUUUUGGAGAUUAGGUCAAUUAAGUGGUGCUAAAGCGUUGGGUGUGACCCCAGAUAUAGCGACUUAUGCUAAAUUAUUAACGGGUGGUUUAAUACCAAUGGCGGUAACUUUAACAUCUUCAUCAAUAUUUUCAACCUUUCUUGGUAAAAGUAAAUUAAAUUCAUUACUUCAUGGACACUCUUAUACUGCACAUCCAAUCGGAUGUAUGGUGGCUAACACGUCACUUGAAGAAUAUGAAAAUUUAAAUAAAACUA